AAAACAGAACUGCAUCGAUAUUUAGACUUGACAGACUUCCAGGUUGGGUUUUGUCUCAUAUUGUGAUUGAAGAAGAGACGAGACGAGACGAGUGAGGACAAGUGAAUUUAAUUAAUCAAGCCCCAGAGUUAGUAGAUAAACGAUGUUUUGUGUUAGAGGAUGGGGUGACAGUUCGUCCUGAUGCAUCAGUCCCCCAGUGAUUCUUCAGAGACAAAAAAAAAGUGAAUAAAUCCACUGAGUAAUCCCCACGACUCGAGAUGUUCCACCGAAGAUGUGGCGAGGGUAUAAGUCUGAUGAACAACAGUUCAACAGCUGUUCGAACGUUCUCAGCUUACGAGAAGGAGCGAAUUUACUCAUCACAAUCCCUGCAGAAGGACGAGCUCUUCGAGAUAAGAAUUGACAAGAAAGUUCGUUCAUGGAGUGGAACAGUGGAGAUUGGUGUGACCACGUGCGAUCCAGAAAGCCAGCAUGAUCCUCUGGGUCAAUCUUGGAUGCUGACAGCCACUGGAAUUCUCAGAAAUGGUCAUCCACUCUCGGAUUCCAUGUGUGACACAAAUCUAGAUGAAUUAGCUGAGGGUAGUACAAUUGGUGUGAUGAGAACCUCCAACGAUGAGCUAGUUUUCUACAUCAAUGGAAUAUCCCAGGGUGUAUCAGCCACGAAUAUUCCAUCGUGUGUUUUCGCUGUUGUCGAGAUGUCGAGUGAUUGCGUCCAGGUGACGAUAACAAAUCCAAAAUUACCAACGAACGAGUCUAGAGAUGGUGAGGAGAUCAAUAACGACUUGACGAUGGGUGAGGCAUCGUCAACGAGUCUAGUAGCUAAUCUCAAUGUUAAUCUCAAUGUCAAUAUGAAUGUAAAUCUGCCGAAGAAUCCGAGCCCAGCAACAAUCAGGGAGGAUCGACUGAGGUUUCACGAGAGGGUUGGGGCACUCGUUAAGUUAUCGAAUAACGCGAGAACAGCUGAGAGACGUAGACCCCUGGAUGAGUUCAAUAAUGGGGUUGUCAUGACGCACAGACCACUGAGGGAUAAUGAAUUAUUUGAGAUAAGGAUUGACAGAUUAGUGGACAAAUGGUCUGGGAGUAUCGAGGUGGGAGUGACAACUCACAGUCCAACAGCCCUUGAAUUUCCUGCUACAAUGACGAACAUGAGAUCAGGUACGACGAUGAUGUCGGGGUGUGGGAUAUUAACGAAUGGCAAGGGGAUACAGAGGGAGUACGGGGAGAUUAAUCUGGAUGAGCUGAGGGAGGGUGACAGGGUGGGAAUGAUCAGGAGGAGUAAUGGAAAUCUUCAUUACUUGAUCAAUGGUCUGGACCAGGGUGUCGCUGCUAAAAUUCCCCCAAACGUCUGGGGUGUUGUGGAGCUCUAUGGAAUGACAGUAAAAGUCACAAUCGUCGACAGGGACGAGAGGGAAGAGCAGAAUCUAGUCACCAGGCGAAAUACUCUACAUCUGCAGGGAUUGAGUGAAGUUGGAGAGGAGGAACCCCUCGACAGACUCACCUUUCACCCCUGCUGUGGCACUCAUGCAGAUGUUAUAAACAAUGGCAGAACUGCUCACAGACCAAAUGCCAUGGAUGACUUCAAUAAUGGAGUUGUCCUGACACUCAGACCCCUCAGGCCCAAUGAACUCUUCGAGGUAAGACUCGACAAGAUCGUCACCAAGUGGGCUGGCUCUAUCGAGAUCGGUGUCACCACUCAUUCUCCGACUGAACUUGAAUUUCCAUUUACUAUGACAAAUGUUCGAUCUGGAACCUGGAUCAUGACUGGGAAUGGAGUCAUGCAUAAUGGGACUUCCAUCAUCGAGCAGUAUGGACAGAAUUUGGAUCGACUCCAAGUGGGUGACAGAGUUGGAGUCAUGAGAAAGGACAAUGGGAUACUCCAUUUUUUCGUUAAUGGGGCAGACCAGGGGGCAGCUGCUGUUGGAGUUCCUGAGAAGGUCUACGGGGUGAUCGAUCUUUAUGGGCAAGCGACCCAGGCGACGAUCGUUGAUAAUACGGAUUUUUACAGUCCCACAACGAACAACUCGAGCUUCAGCAAUACCACGCUCUACAGUGACUUGAGAUUUCAUCACGUGCAUGGGAAACACGCGAGGAUUUCUAACAAUGGACUGACAGCUUCGAGAAUUCGUGCUCUGGGGGAGUUCAAUGAGGCCAUCGUCAUCGCUAAUAGACCCCUAAGGGAUGGAGAGUUGUUUGAAGUGUCGAUUGACAAAAUGGUGGGACGAUGGAAUGGGGCAAUCGAGGCUGGAGUGACAGCGAUCAGACCAGAUGAGUUGGAGUUCCCCUCAACGAUGACUGACAUUGAUCACGACACUUGGAUGCUCUCGGGGUCGACUGUUAUGAGGGAUGGGGUGACGUUACGACAUCAUUAUAACUGUGACCUGGAUAAAUUGAUUGAGGGCAACAGAAUAGGAAUGAUGAGGUGUGCAGACUCUAGUCUUCAUUAUUAUCUCGAUGGAAUCGAUCAGGGGAUCGCCUGCACUGGACUCCCAGCUCACGUUUACCCAGUGAUUGAUCUUUAUGCUCAGUGUGCCCAGGUGACGAUUGUCCAGCCAGAAAGAAGGGACACAAUGACCCAGCAAUAUCUCCCCUCGGAGAACAGCAUGAGUCAGCAGCCAACGUCUGUCGUCCAGCCCCAAGCACAAUCAGAAAUAACUCACAAAUUCCACGAGUCCGUUGGCCUCAACAUCCAGUUGAACAGCGAUCGAGUGAUAGCAGCUCGUUGCAGGGAGUACAAUCACGCAGUUCUCCUCAGUGAUUCAGCACUGGAGAACAAUGAAUUAUUUGAGAUAUCAAUUCAGGAGAUUGCAGGGGAGUGGAGUGGAUCCCUGAAGAUUGGAGUCUUAAAUAACGAGACUGGGCACUGGUUGACAUCAAUGGAUCUCGUCCCGGGGAUGACGUCAAUCCCUGCUGACGCCUGGUACCUCACUGGGAAUGAGGUGAGGCAUAAGGGCCUCGUGUUGUGCUCUAACUACUGCCCUAGUCUGGAUUGGCUCAGAGUGGGUGACAAGAUCGGGUUAAAGAGGAGCCACGAAGGGAGCCUGAAGUUUUAUAUCAAUGGGGAGGACAUGGGAGUGGCUGCCCUCAACAUACCUGAGAUCAUUUAUGCUGUUGUCGAGUUAUUUGGGAGUACAGUGGCCGUCAGUAUCACCAGCAGUAAGCAGCAGGCCUGCAUCAUGUCCCCCAAUGCCAGCCUGAGGCUUCAGGACUCCUUGGAACUUAUCUUGGAUCCCAUGCCUCCUGUCAUGAGGAAUGACUUGGGGAUGGACACUUCGAUAGAAAUGUCAGAGGCUAAAUUAUCAGAACUUCCUAUCACUCCAGUUCUCCCAUCUUCUGGAAUUGUUGAGGGUGACUGGAGGUACGAAUUCCAUGAGAAUCAUGGGAGAAACGUCGAGCUGGAGGGAAGAACGGUUGCCAGGAGAGUAGCCAGUUACAACCAGGGGGUCGUUAUGUCCAGUAGACCACUCAUAAAAGGGAAAAUAUUCCAAGUGGAAAUCCAGAAGACCAAUGAUCGAUGGGUGUCAGGGAUUCUCUGUGGGGUGUCCUGCAUUUCCCCAGAGAAAGCCAGCUUUCCCCUGACUGCCCUGGGCUUUAAAAAGCACUCCUGGAUCAUUUGCAGUGAGUGGAUGUCCCACAAUGGCACUAAAGUCAAGACUCGGUAUGGGGCAAAUUUGGAGAGUCUGCAGGUGGGCUCGACCAUUGGAUUACUGGUGGACGAGGAGUCGAGGCUACAUCUCUUCAUCAAUAAUAUCGAUCAGGGAAUCGCAGUCACUGAUUUACCACUCUAUGUCUACGCUGUUAUAGAUCUCUACGGUCAAGUCGAGGAGGUAUCGAUCAUUGGAUCCCCUGCUGACACUCUCUGUACAAAUAAUGAUGCGAUAAACAUGGCAAUAGCCAGCAAUGUCGAGCAGAUGAGUGGAAUCGAGGUGGAUGAGCCUGAGAAUUCACGAGAGAAGGCUGAUCUUGAGUGUCAUGAGAAGGAAAAUGUAGCAGCACUUCCGUCCAGCUCUGAAUUGAGUGACAAAAGUUACGAGACCUGUAGGAGUGCAGGUGAUGAGGUCAGUGGACACUCAUCCAAAAGCAAUGGCAAUGGAGUGGGCAAGUCAUUGGUCAGCAGUGUUCAUUCUGAUAGUAAUAAUUCGGACGUUGGGGAUGAGAUGAAUAAUGGGGAGACGUUACUCGAGUGUGCCAACAUGAAGAAUAAUUCAGAAGUCUCUAAUGACAACAAUACCAUGUCCAAUAACGAGAUCGAGAAUGAUGAGGAGGAGCCAGAAUCCCAUCCACCGAGCCUCAAGGGCGACUGUACAAAUGUAGAAUUAAAUAAUGCAACGAAUAUUAAUAUUAAAAAUGGCUCGGCAACAACUUCCAGUAAUAUGUCGAGUCUCAGUACAGCUAUUCAGUCGACUAACGCCAAUAAUGCUGUUAAUGAGAGUAUCGCGUCUAAUAGUCAAAUUAGUAAUGCCCUGGGGCAUGAUAAUUCCAUGGAUAAUUCACAGUGCAAUAAUGUAUUGGGAAAUGCUCAGAAUAAUUUGGCUGCUGCUUCUAAUAGUCUCUCGAAUUCAUCGGUCAAUGGGCAGGAAAUGCUGGGGCAGAUUUCCAAAAGUAAUAGUGCCAUUAUUCCCAAUCAGAUUAGUCUGGGGCAGAGUCCUCAGCCGUCUGUUACGAGGGUCUUCAGCUCGCCGUCCAUACCACAGAUUAAUUCCACGAUUAUCACUCCUGCAAAACAGUGUGAAUAUCUCAAGGCCUGUGGAAGGCUGAAAAAGUCUCUGGUACUUCCUGAUGAGUUCUUCUCGUUGGAUGAGGCUGUCUGCUAUUGCAAUGUGUGUUACAAGGUCGAUAGUGAUGGGCUGAUGUGCAAGAAGGGUGAACCUCCUGCUGAGUUUCCUAUUCCAGUUGGAUGGGUCAAGUUUCCCCUGAGGCAGAGCAUCAAUGCUAAUCAGAUUCCACAGAGCACCACUGAUAAGUGGCAUGUGGCUUUUUAUGGGAUUCGAUUGAAUGCGAUUAGAUGGAUCCUUGAUAGAGGAGAGCUCCUGACAGUUGAGCAGCUAGACACCAGUAACCUGACAACGAUUACCAAUAGUGAAGGCCAAAAUCCCCAAGUGGUGUUCUCCCCGAAUAUAAAAUACGUGACCUCCGACGAGAGCAGCCGAAAAUAUCCAUACAUAGACACUCAGUCAAACAAGAAGCUCAACGCCUCAACGGCUUUUCAACUCCUGGUGCGACCUGGAUCAUACACAAUUGGUUCUGGAAAAGAUAGUAUCGAUGGAAUCGAAUCCACGGAAUGGGCGACGAAAGAGGCGGGGGCCACGGUAAUUGUUGCACUUCUGAUUCACCUCGAUGAAUUCUAAAAACAAAAAAACGCAAAACCCCAGGUCAUCGAUAAAUUCACGUAAAUGUCGUAAUUCACGUCUAGCAGCAGAUCCCAAAAAUCUCCAAUUAAUUCAGUCAUGUCGAAUAGUUGAUCCUAAGUUUUCUUCAAACAAUUAUCUAAAAAAUAUAGAGAUAAUAUAUAUUUCUAUUAAACUGCGAGCAAACAUAGGAUUAUCGCUUACUCUUUAACGCAUUAAUUUGACAUUUUUAUUUGGAAAGGUUUAAAUGUGCUUCGAUGUUAAAAUGGCACCGCGAAUAUUUAAACCUUCAACGCCUCAUGAUUUCGCUUCACCAGUAAGCUAAUGGUGUUUAUAAAUGUUGUACAUAAAAUGUCUAUUCUACCUAUAAAUCAAAUUUAUACGCAUUUUUCUGUGAUACUUUAUUGCAGCGUAUGUGAAUGGUUUUAUUCUCAAUAAUUUUGAUACCCCUGAAAUGUUCUUCUCAUUUCUUGAAUGAUUGAUUACUAUUUCAUUCGAAGUACAUCUGAAGAAUUUCAAUCUAUAAUUUAAUCUCCAACUUUUAUUCUAGUCAUUGAAUUUUUUUAUAUUGAAAGCAUGGGGAACAUGUACUGAUACAUAAUAAAGUGGAUAAAAGCAAAAUGUGAUGAUGCUUAAUUUAGGAAAUGCACUUAAUUAAUGUGAUCUAUUGAGACACAUUGUGACCAGGAAAAUAACCAUCCACUUGCACUUAAGGAUUUAGUUGAAAUAAUCGGUGAAAUUGAAUUUUAAAUGGAUUACAGCCACUGGUAAUGAGAUCAUUGAAUUGCAAAUUGUAUAGUCUGCACAGCUAGACGUAGACAUUGUACGAUGCCACAUGCCUCAAGAAGUUGAAUAGUUGUUAAGGAAUAAAUCACAACCACUUUUGGUGAGAUUUGCCAGCACUUAGGAGUUCAAUUGCUUUUUAUUUGCUUAGAGGUGAAGUAGAUUUGUAAAAAAAAAAAUGAUGAGUGGUGGGCACUGGAGAUGAUGCUGAAGUCUACAUUGAUUAUUGUAUUAAUUUACCUCACAUUGUAACAAACAUAAGUCUGUAUUUAUUUAUAAAUAAUUGUAAUGGGACGUUGUGUAGGUGCGGAUGAUGAGUGAAUGAUGAGAAUAAAGAAAGGAAUAUUCAUUGGCAGUGAUUUGAUAUUGACGAGUCCAGUUGAAUCAUGAGCAUUGAAUUAUUUUCGUGAGUGAUUUCAGAGAAAUUUUCUCCGAGAGUCAUUUGAUUGUUUCGUUUAUUGU